AUGGGCUGUGACGGGCAGACGUCGUGCUCCCCGACUCCGGUUUUAUCUGGCCAAAAUGCAUCGAUUCUCAACGCCUCCGCCCUCCCCUCCGCCCGCCUGUCCAUCCACUCCUUCCGACACGCCUUCCAUCUGCUCGACCUCACCUAUUCCGUCUUCCUCACCCAGAACGACCACACCACCCUCCUGGCGGAUAUGGCCGCGAAGUUACCAGCUACGAUGCUCAACAGUGGGCUGACAAACUCGAUGCACGACUCUGCGUUCUUGGUCAAGGAACUGAAGGGGAUGGCGAGGGAUAGGAAGGAGACUGAGGAAAGGGAGACCAUUUCGGUCGUUGUUAUUGGUGGCACCACUGCAGAUUGUGGUAUGCUCCUCGUAAGUGGACUUCCCCGCCGGGCAGCAGCCAUCACCGAGACCGGAGGGGUAUUCCUACAAAAUAACAUUGACAUUGGCGGCGGCCCUGUCGGCCCUAGAGAGUCAUCUUCCUCUACCAAAGUCACAAUAUGCCCGGACUACGCACAAAAGCUGGUAUAUAUUGGGGACCCAUCUCUCCUGGCGGCCAGCUCCGAAUUUACUCUCCCUGCCUCGUUCAUGCUGUGGACGAGUGCGGAGGACGUGACAGUGUUGCUCGUGGGUAGCAGUGCGGUCUUGGUUCCGGUGGAUGAGGGAGACAGCGCGAGUGCGGAGUUUGCGGGGUGGCGAAUGAGAUUGGGACUGGUAGGCACUAUGAAUACCAUGGUCCUCACCGUCGACAAAUCAAUACAGACGCUCUUAGAUGAGAUAUGUGCGAAGGCGGUGGAUGAUACGCUUCGUGCCUUUUGUCUCGCGGUUGUAGGUGUGGUGAAUGAAUUCUGUGCCCGUGCUGGUUGUGGCUUGGCCUUGGUAUGGUAUGUGCAGUAUGUGGCGAAUACGUCGAGAGUCAUCGUUCAAGAAGUGGGGAUACAUCUUUUGGGAGGUGGGUCUGGAUCAGUGCCGGAUGUUACAUUCUUGGAGCUGAUCAUGACCUUCGCCAACUCCAAAAAAGGAUCGAACGCACCUUCCGCGCCGCCCUCUCCAAAUCGGGCUCUCACGUCGCCUCGCGUCUGCCGCGCCGUUGUGCUCUGCAAGUCGCGAAGCGAGCUCGACAAUGUGAUAGACGUGAUCGCUGACAAGGUGGGAGUGAAGGAGAGCGCGAAGGGGUUGUUCAAGUGUUCAAUCGUGGGUAAGGUGGUACAGAGGUUCAGCGGAUUAGUGAAGGUGCCGUUCAAGAACGAGAAUGUCCUCGCUGCGCACGUGGAUGUCUCUGGCAAGGAGCCGCUUCUUGCGUCGGCUCCGGAUCCCAUCCUCGUUCUGGACACAAACUUCGGAGAGGCAAUUGGUAUACCGGAGUACCUGUACGGCCUGUUAUGUACCAUUAUUGGGAUCACAGCGAGCGAGAGGUGGACGAGUAUGGAGAGGGGUAUUGAGAUUGUAGGGCCGAAGGCGUCUGGCAUAGAUGAUGUGGGAGUAUAUGCCGCUUGA